UAGUGAUAUAACUCAUUGGUCCUGAACUGCAGAGUCCGGAAUCCUCUCCGCUUCUUGGGGAGGCUCUCUUGCUCCUGCGGGAGGGGGUGUCAUGAGGCUGCUAGGGUGCAUGUCACUCCUCUCUGCUCCACCCUCGCGGAGGCUGCUCGCGCUCUCCAGUUGCAGGCACGUGCGCUGCUCCAGCGAGGCUGAUGCUAACAUGGCAGAGGAGGCGAAGAAGCUGGCCGCUUACGCCGCCGUGGACAACCACGUCCAGAAUAACCAAGUGGUCGGAGUGGGUAGUGGAUCAACCAUUGUUUAUGCUGUGGAUCGACUAGCGGAGAGAGUGAUGCAGGAGAAACUCAACAUCGUGUGUGUUCCCACCUCCUUCCAGGCCCGGCAGCUGAUUCUGCAGCACGGCCUCACGCUGUCGGAUCUGGACCGACACCCGGAGCUGGAUGUGGCGAUUGACGGGGCGGACGAGGUGGAUGCAGAGCUGACGCUGAUCAAAGGUGGAGGCGGCUGUCUGACUCAGGAGAAGAUUGUCGCCGGCUGUGCUAAAAGCUUUAUCGUCAUUGCUGAUUACAGGAAAGACUCCGAUUCUCUGGGCCAGCAGUGGAAGAAGGGCAUUCCCAUCGAGGUCAUCCCCAUGGCUUGGGUUCCCAUCUCCAGGGUAAUCGCCAGGCGCUUCGGAGGGGAGGCCAACCUGAGGAUGGCUGUCAGUAAAGCUGGUCCAGUCGUCACCGACAACAGCAACUUCCUCCUGGACUGGAAGUUCGAGCAGGCCCAGAACUGGAAGGAGGUGAACACUGGCAUCAAGAUGAUUCCUGGUGUGGUGGAGACGGGGCUCUUCGUCAGCAUGGCUGAGAAGGCGUAUUUCGGCAUGGAGGACGGAAGCGUGAAGGUCCGGGACGCCCCCGUGAACUGACGCUUUGAUGCCGCGUGGUCUCCUCCUCCAAACACUCAUAGCUCGUUCCAGAAGUGCCAAAGUCAGAAUCCAGAAGAAGCAGAAUCUGAGAGGGUUCUCUUACUUUAAAGCUUGAAGUUUCAGUGUUCAUCUUCCUCGUCUAGCUCCACUGGUGUGUGAAUGUAUGUAUGUUCCAGUGAUGGUCAGAGGGGCCAUCCUGGCAGCCACGCCUCUGUCAGUCUGGCUCGAAUCCGUUAUUAUUAUUCUGAUUAUUAUUCUGUGAUGCUUCAGUGUCUUGAUGAGUUUGGAAGCUUGCAGUGAGGAUGAAUGAGACAGACUGUAGGAUUAUGGUGAUCCAGCAGAGAAAUGCUGCUGAAGAACCUUUCCAUGCUGCUGUUGGACACAGCUCCCACAUGUCUCAGUAUUACUGCUGCCACAAAUCGUUACUUUAUUACUCAACCAAUCACAGAUUAUUUUUUCAGAUUAGUCGACUAAUCAGGUCAUGCACAAACUGGAUGUAAAGCCCACAUCUUAACUAUCAUUAGCUUUAAACGAACUACAAACUACACAUACAGCAUUACCUGUG